UCGCGGGAACUUGCGAAAGCGUCGAUAGGCUCUGUUCCUGCGGAGAUAACGUUACACGUAAAACGAUAAAAGUACGGUUAUAAUGGACCCUUCUGAGGUCGAAUUCCUUGCCGAGAAGGAGGUAGUGAAGAUAAUCCCCAAUUUCAGUCUUGACAAAAUCUACUUGAUCGGGGGAGAUCUUGGUCCUUUUAACCCAGGGCUACCUGUCGACGUGCCUGUGUGGCUGGCCCUCAAUCUGAAACAGAGGCAGAAAUGCAGGAUAGUGCCACCAGAGUGGAUGGAUGUAGAGAAACUGGAGGAGAUCAGAGAGCUGGAGAGGAAGGAAGACACAUUCACCCCUGUCCCCAGUCCAUACUACAUGGAGCUGACCAAGCUGCUACUCAACCAUGCAUCUGAUAACAUUCCCAAAGCGGAUGAGAUCCGUACACUGGUGAAGGACAUCUGGGACACGCGUAUCGCCAAGCUCCGCCUCUCCGCUGACAGCUUCAUCAGCCAGCAGGAAGCACACGCCAAGCUUGACAACCUAACUCUGAUGGAGAUUAACACGACGCGGUCGUUCCUGCUGGACACUCUCAACUGCAUGUAUAAGCUGCGCUCCAACUUGCAGCCCGGCUCCAGUGGGGGCAAAGCCCAGGACCACCAAUGAUCUGUAUUUAUGGACGAGACCUGCGCCGCAGCCUCUCCUUCUCCUAAGCAAGAUGGAGCAGACUUAGGCCCAGCUUUACUAAGCAUUUGCACCAGCUGCAAAGUAAAAUCAAAUCUGUAAUACGGAGAACGUGGACGGAAUCAUGGAAUCCAGACAUUAAAUCAGAAUUCAACAAAAUUCUAAAAUGCAUUGAACUUAGUAGGGAAUCUUAUUGAACAUUAAUUAGCCCAAGUUUAUCAUAAGGCAUGAACAGAAUGCAUCAGUGAUUUGUAUUUCCUGCUACUUUCUGAAGAGUACAUUUCUGAUGUGGUUUAAUCAUUCUUGUGGACUUUUCUAUUAAAAAAGUGUUGUUUUUUUGCGUGAAAACAAAAUGGAAAUUUAGAAAAAAUGUAAUUGACUCACGCCAAAAAGUAAAACAAAUUUAUAGGGCCCUAAGUCUGGUCCUAGUGAAGACAGAGCUGAAAUCCCAAAAUCUGGGUUGAUGCCUUUUAAAAUAUUAGUAUUAAUGUCAUGCUUAAUAGAGGUAGCAGUGAUGGUUUAGUGAUAGAUACCUUGUGUAACAAGUUUCUAGCCUUGUAUGAUUCUGAAUAGACCGGGAAGUCUAGUUUGAGGAAGAUGAACAACAUGAUGUUAUGGAUGGAGGGCUGCAGGCCUACAUUGGGAAAUCAAAGAAGCAACAUGCAAAACAUGUAAUGUUUCAGUAUGUGUAAUUAAAAUAUCUAUAUUUUUGUUUAA